AUGAACCCUUAAAUAGAUUUUGGAAAGUCAGCCCUUAUGCUAUCAUUAUAAGUUGCUGCUCAAGCUAGUUUGUACACGAAAUUGUAGAUGGAGAGAUAACAUCUUUUUACAAGCACAGUUAUAGAUGCAACUGAUGAUUUUAAAUAAUUGUGUUUGAUUCAUUUAAAUUUUCUUCGUAAUUAGCUCUACAAUCCCGGUUUAUAGCCAGUGUUGGAGAGUUAAGAAGAAUAUAAUAACAGAAAGUCAUCCUUGUAUUCACCACUUUUAAAGAAUAGACAAUUUAAAAGCUUAGAACCUUCGUUGGAUAUUUAUGUAUAACCUGUUACUGCUGUUUAAAAAAACAAAUAUCAUCCACCCUAAUAUUUCAGUGUUCAUCAAAGCACCAAGAGUGUUGAGACUCUGUCAUAACAACUAUCCCAAAUAAAGAUUGAUAAACAAUAAGAUAUUUUGAUGAGUGAAAAGAUCGACAGAGAACUUGACAAUGUGGAUCCGUCAAUUGAAUUAUCAUAAAUCAAAGACGAACACUAUUUGAGAGACUAUUCUGAAGUGCAAUAAGAGUAGAAAAAGAAAUAAUUCCAAAAGUACAGGAAGUUUGAAAAAAACAAUCAAUUUUCUUAGGCUAAAUCUAAUUGGUAUGAGGAUGCAGAUAUCUCCUAUUAAAUAACUUCUCAUAGUGAUGAUUUUUCUGUUGAGAAUUCCCAUAACUUUUAUUGGGAUGACGAAUAAGAGGAUGAUGAUGAUAGUGAAGAGUUUUCAAUUAUGGAUUUUUAAAAACAAAUGAUUGAUAUUCAACCUGAAAUUAUUGAACAACAGAAUGAGAAUAGUCUGCCAUUUCUAAUUAAAACAUCAGAAAGUUAAAUCAAAAUUGAUCAUAACACUCCAAAGAAAAAAAGAUUGUAUUGUAAUAACAAAAAAAUACCUGUUUGGGCUUAAGAUCUAUAGGUAGUACAAUAAAAAUGUGGAUAAUAGAAGUAAGAUCCAGCCCAUUUGUUUGGAAUACUUAGUCAAAAAGCUGUGGAUUAGGCAUUUUUAUUAUCAAAUAGCAAAUAGGCUGAAAAUUCUAUGAAAUGGAAGAAACAAAAAGAGAUUCUGAAUAAUUAGAUUCAAAAUUUAAAUUCCAAAAGCAAAGAGAGUUAUAGAAAAUUAAAAAAAUAUCAGUAGAAUUCAAGCUAAAAGUUUAAUGAUUACAGAUCGAAUUUUCUGUUUGGUUAAUAAGUAAGGAAAAACUUCUUAAAUUUAUUCCCCAAAGAUGCCUAAGCAAUUACUAAAUGA